GCGCCGGUGGCGGUGCCGCUGCGAUCCGGCGGGAGCCCGGGGUGCCGCCCGCCCCCCGCGGCUGCCCGCGCCCUGCGCUUUGUGCGUGCGGCGGCCAGCACCAUGCGGGGGGAGCGGCGCCGCGUGGGAAGCGGCGAGGCGGAGCGCCCGCGCCGCCCCGGCUGCUGCACCCCGGGGGGCUGCCCCCCCCGAGAGCCCUGAGCGCCCGGCGGUUUCAUUUUCCUUCACCAAUACUUCAAGACACAGAAGAGCUGGUAAAGGCAUUGCCAUGAAACCUAACUUGAAGCAAUGGAAACAACUCAUGCUGUUUGGGAUCUUUGCAUGGGGUCUCCUUUUUCUGGUGAUAUUCAUCUAUUUUACAGAUAGCAACACUGCUGAACCAGUUCCGAGUUCCUUUUCUUACAUUGAAACUAAGAGGCUUCUGCCCCUUCAGGGCAAGCAGAGAGUCAUCAUGGGAGCCAUUCAUGAUCCAUCAUUCUCUGAAAACAUUGAUGGGAAUGAGGUACUUCUUAAUGAAGAUCUCUUAGGUACUUUUAAAUCGGGGACUGGAAGUAUUAAGAAAUGGACCGACUUGGAAGAUGCCUUUAGAAAUGAAGAUGAGUUUUUUCCAUCCCAGAUAGGAAGAAAAUCAAAAAGUGCUUUCUACCAAGUGAAUGACAAUUAUUUAUUUGCUGCUGGUCAGCCUCGGUCACACAACCACCUUCAAGAGAUAGCAAAAUUAAUCUCAGCUGAUGAGGAUAAUCCAAAAGUAAAUAUUUUACAGAACAACUGGAGCCAUCAGAGAAGAAUGAGGAGAAGGAGCACAAAGCACAGGAGAAGCCAGAUGCUUGAUGAAUCUGAUGACUGGGAUGGGCUAUAUUCCACAAUGUCAAAAUCCUUUCUUUACAAGCUUUGGAAAGGGGAUGUCUCUUCCAAGAUGCUAAACCCUCGACUGCAGAAAGCAAUGAAAGAUUAUUUGAGCACCAAUAAGCAUGGGGUGCGGUUCAAGGGGAAACGAAACUCUAAGUUGACAGGAGACCAGCUAUUCUGUGAGCUAAAAGAAAGGGUGAAUGUGAAAACAAUAGAUGGCAAGGAGGCUCCCUUCUCCACACUUGGAUGGGAAAAGCACGUUCCCCAAAUUCCACUGGGCAAAUUAUAUACACAUGGCUUUGGGAGCUGUGCCGUAGUUAUGUCUGCUGGUGCAAUACUGAACUCCUCUCUAGGGGAUGAAAUAGAUUCUCAUGAUGCCGUUCUAAGAUUUAAUUCUGCUCCAACACGUGGCUAUGAAAAAGAUGUUGGAAAUAAAACAACCAUGCGGAUCAUUAACUCUCAGAUUCUCACCAAUCCAAACCAUCACUUUGUUGACAGCUCCUUGUACAAAGAUGUUAUCUUAGUAGCCUGGGAUCCUGCUCCCUACUCUGCAAAUCUGAAUGUGUGGUAUAAGAAGCCAGACUACAAUCUGUUCACUCCCUACGUACAGCAUCGCAGGAAGCAUCCAAACCAGCCGUUUUACAUUCUCCAUCCAAAGUUUAUAUGGCAGCUGUGGGACAUCAUACAGGAGAACACUAAAGAGAAAAUACAACCCAAUCCUCCUUCUUCAGGUUUUAUUGGUAUCCUCAUCAUGAUGUCCAUGUGUAAUGAAGUACACGUGUACGAAUACAUCCCUUCAGUCCGACAGACUGACCUGUGUCACUACCAUGAGCUCUACUAUGAUGCAGCUUGUACCUUAGGGGCCUACCACCCACUGCUCUAUGAGAAGCUGUUGGUGCAGAGGAUGAACAAAGGUUUGCAGGAUGAUUUGUAUCGGAAGGGGAAAGUCAUUUUGCCAGGGUUCAAAGCUGUCAAGUGCCCUGAGCGAAAUAAUUUCCCACACUUGUAGAAGACAGUCCUUCAGAAACAAUGUGCAAUAAGGUACUACUGUCGUACUAUAAACAAGAGAAUACUUGAAAAAUGUAUUGUAGACCAAUCUAGUCUUGAGUCUAUAAAUUGUAAUUAAGUAGCAGACAUGAGAAAUACUUCUUUUCUGAGCCUGAGUAUUUAUUACUGCUUUGCAAAUAGUUAAAGAAAAAAAAAAAAGGCUUAGCUCAUGAAAGGUGCAAAGGACAUACUUAGGCAGAAAUAUAAUGUAUUGUUGUGGGUGUGACUGUAAGAAUUUGUUGAUGGUCUCUUAUGCCACAUAUGCUAGACUGUAACUUUUUUUUAAUGAACUUAAAAUUUAAGUGUCAAACCUGGCAUUGUGAAACAGCCUGUAUUGUUCAUGCAGAGAGCAGCCAGCCGAACAAUGCAGCAUUUCUCAUGGCUCUAUGGGAUUUUCACUCUUCAAGAAUGAAGUAAUCACUACUCUGAGCUGUGCUGUCAUUGACUAGAGUAGACUUUAAUUCCCCUUCAUACGCAGGCUCAGUUACAGGCCUCCAACUGUGUAGAGGUCCUUAUUGUGGCUACGAAAUCAGUGCAGAUGGAGACGGCCGUACACACAGCUAAACCAGUUAAACUACUGGAUGUACUUUUGAUGCCAGACUCCCAUGCUUACACUGACUGCACAGGUCAGAGGGAAAAGAGAAAUGUCUCAUUUCUUUAGAGAGCCACAAAUAUAUUUCUAACGCAUUUAGGAAAAAUAUCUCUCUGGGAAGCCUAUCAAAAGGUGUGAAAUGGAAAUGAUGCUUUCCCCUGGUCUGCAUUGAUAAAGAUCCAGAGAAAGCCAAGGGAGUCUGUGCAGCACUCACAUCACACUGAAAGCAAGUGUAGAGAGAGCUCACCUUUGUGCAGCAAAGAUAGCAUUCAGGAUUACAGACAUAAUUUGUUAGGUAUUUCACUGGGAUCUGAAUCAAACUCACUUGUUCACAAGAUGUUGCUGUUAAGAAAGUAUAGUUUUCUGACAAAAGAAGAGGAUAUCAGCUUUUUUUAUUUAACACUUGCAAGACUAUACCCCAGAGAAGCUGUAAUGCCUGCAAAAAAACUGACUGUGGAUUGCAGAUGGAGAAUUUGAUAUUUGCCUUCAUAACACACAAUGAGAAUAUUCUCUAAGGCACUUCUAAAAAUCCACCUGGUUGCUAAUCUAGUUAAAACAUUACGUUCCAUGGCAAGACUUCAGCUUCAGAUUUUCUGAGUAGAAGGAGGUUAAUGUUAUUUUGUGAGUUUGGGGUUUUUUUUGUAACUGUACUGUUUGGUUUAGGGUAAGUUCAGCAGGAAUGUAUGUACACAAAAGCACAGCUAUAGCCUACUCAUGGCCAUUCAGUGAAAAGCAGACAGCUCAAAGAUGCACUGAAAAGAAUAGCUGAGUGGUUGUGGUGGAAAGUACUUUUUGUGUUUUGUCUUAAGUAACAGAAAGGCAAAAGAGUGCAAAAAACAUUAAUCACUAUUUCCUUUUCAAUAUUAAUGUAAGUAUAAUCAAAAAAUCCUUUUUCUUUCACUCUGCUCUUUGCAUCUGAUUUUACUUCCUCAAAAGUGGAAUAUAUGUAUGUGUCUUAUAUAGGACUUAGCCUUCUUUUUCCAUAUAGUCUCUUAAUUUGAGCUUUAUGAUCCUCUUAAGAUUCCUCUUGUUGACAGAAAAUAUGUCCAGAUGAUCUAAAAACUGUACUUCUGUGUUGUGUGAAUGGUUAUGUCCAUAAAUCAUUUUUGUACAUGUCAAGAUGAAUAGGUUUUACCCAUAUUAGCCUUAGAUUCUGGAUAUAUUAUUACAUACUAAUUUCUUUUUUAACAUUAUGUAUGGCAGCAACUUUUACUCUUGAAGUCAGUAACACUGUUCUUCAAUCAUGUGGAGAAUAGAUAACCUACAUGGAACUAAUCUCUAUUUUUCCAUAUGUUUGGUACCCUGUUUGCAAAACAUACUAAGUCUGAACAGUGUGAUCAAACAUGUCCCUCCUGUAUGCUGUGUUAGCUACCACAUGUUUGUAAAGGAAGGGAGUUUAUUAGCUUUCUAGGACUAGUGAGUAUACUACUUUUCCAUAAGCAGGAAAUCCUCAGUUCUGAAAAGAAAAAAAAGUGAUACCACUUUGGUCUGAAGCCACUAACCUUUUACUUUGUUUUCCACAAAGAAGAAAAAUACUAACUGCAUUAUUCAACUACCCACAGCAGGGCUAUGUUGUAUUAUUCCCUCAGUAAUUUGUCAGAAUAAUCAGCAUAGCUGUUGUACAGAACAAGGCAAAUUAUAAAGUUUCAUUUAACAAGUGCUCAGCGUACCUACUUAAUACAUCAUUUAAAUAACAAUGCAGAACCAGGUCUGAGAUGUUAUAAAAUGAACUGUGCAUUUUUAUUUUACUGGACCGUGUGCAUUCAAGCCCUCCCAGCAGAAACUUUUUCAUUGCUGUAUCCUGAUUUAUACAGCAAUCAGUGCUCCUUCUACAAGUGCAGAUGUGGGUGCUGUAGCGCCAUCACCUCAGAAGAUGCCGCAGAGCUGUGCUGCAAAAGUGUGCUUGCUCACAGAGGAGGAAGACCAAUUUGUGAUGCCCAUCUUUAAAAAAUAAGCAUCUCUGGCAUGUUCUCCCAACACUGGUUUCCACUGUGAUGUUUCACUGGUCUGCCUGCUCAAACACCUUCUGGCUGCUUAAACUGAUUUUACUCCCCUACCUUGUCUUGGCCUCCCUUGGUUUUUGGCACAAGUGCAAGCGUGCCUGAUCUGCUGAGGGGCUCACCUCCACUUGCUGCAAGAGGGGAAGGAGCAGAAAUAAAUGGGGAAUGUAAAGGACCUACAGAGGUGCUCCCCUCGCCACUUGUUUACACUCUGAGACUUUAGCAUUGCUGGCUUUUGUAAGAGCCCACCAAGUAUUUUUGCAUUGAUGGGCAUUUCCCCAUCCCUCGUGAGGGUAGGGAGAUCUUUACAAAGAAUCACAUUCAGUGAACUUAAAACAGUGAGCGUGUAGUAACACUGGACCGUGUAUCUUUUAAUAAUAAUAAUAAUAAUGCAUGAGAAUGGUAGUUUCAGAUACGUAUAUUAAAUACAGACAAUGUGAAAGGAAAUGCAUUUCCCCCCCCCAGAUUUUGGGGUUUUUUGGGAAAAAGAUAACAGGCAUGGCUUCAUAGCUCUCCCGUGUGGCUGUCACACAUGAACAGAAUGGAACGGCGCUGUGGACAAGAGAGGUUUGCAUAAACCCGGCUCUUGAGGUGCAUCAUCAGCCAAGCAAAUGCCUUUGCUGUUGGACCCCUGAGCUCCCUUUACACUUGUUGCAAUAAUGCAGGUUUAAAAUUUAUGGAGUUUUACUGGCAAGUAGGAGUGAGUUGCCUUCAAAAGCUGUUGAGGCUCAUUUCUGUGCCCUGUUGCUGUGGACAGCAGUUGAACUUAGCUGAAAGAAACUGGAAACACAGCAGCAGCUUAACGAACAUGCUGAGUUUAUGCUGAAUGUCAUUAUGCUCUUUUUUUCCACUGUGACUUCUGUAGCUUUUCUGACUUGCGGUGCUUAUCAUUUUAUGCAUUCAGCCUUUGGAUGGUUAAAUUAAGGUAUUCUUCUGUUUAUUCAAGAAAAAAAUAUAUGAAAGAUUUUGCCUCAUUUUGAGCCAAAAUGGUUUUGCUAGGAAAAAAUACUAUUUUUUCCAUUACUUUAUAGUUCUAAAGGUUACCCGAGUGUAAAUUCACAGCUCGGUCGGUCAUUCCUUGGAAUAAACUACUACAUCUUCUUUUUUUCACCUUGCUGUGAAGUUUUAUGUUGUUGAAACUCUGGUAAAGCCAAUGAAAUUACCAUGGUACAAGAAAUACGUACCUUUGGAGAGAGAGAGGGGUGAUUUAUACAGUCUGAUCCACACUCUCUCUGUACAAAUUUAGAUAAAUCAUUGCAUGUCUUUGGUUAGGACACUCAUCUUUGGUAAAAACAUGCAAAUUCUGAAUUUGUUGCUGUAGAUCUCUUGCCAAAGUCAGGAAAACUGAUACAGUUUUAUUCUUAAAUGAAGACAAAUGUCUACCCUCAGUGGUUGCAUAGACUGAACACAGUCAUUUUAAAGACAGAUUGAAUUAAACAGUUCAAAACUCUUGUAGACCAAUCCAAUCCAUAGUGGGGGGGUAUUUUUUUAGUUCCUUUAUCUUCAGCAAUUUUUAAGGAUUAUAAAUGCCAUUUGGACAGUGAUACAGACAUACCAUGAAAAGGAAUAUUAAAUGCAUUGACUGCAAAAAUAAAUGGCUACUAUUCUUCCCUUCAUGCUCUCUAAAGUUGAUGCUUAUUGAGUAAAUGAAAUUGGUUUUUGAAGUAGGUAAUUCAGAAGACUGUCAUUAGAAAGCAUCUGAAUGUUUCUCGGGAGUACCCUCUCACACACAAGGAGGAUACCUGAUUUAACUGUUUGAAAUUUAAAGUAGCCCAUGCCUGGGCGUACCUGCAUCAUUGAAUGAAUUUUGACACUGCAAAUUUCUUCUCUUUGGCUUAGUGAUCAGGUUCAGAGUGUUGUUCUUGAAAUAAAGAGUUGUGUGUAAAAGCCUUACGUUUAUUCAUAUCAUCUCAUCACUCUUAUAAUGUGUAGUCAUUGAACUAUUCAAAUAUAGACUGUGUACUUUUUUAAUAGCUUUGAGAAUUAUUUUGUAUGAUGAUUUUUUUAAAUGAAUGUGUACUCUAAUAACAAAGCUGAAGAUUUUACAGGAGUCACAUUUUUAAGCAGUGUUUGUAUACAUUUUAACACUUUUUAUAUUUUCUAUUAUGAUUUUGUAUAUUUUUAUGUAUGCACAGUGUACAGAUUUUUUCCUGUAAAUAAAACAUUUGUUUUCAUUUGUU